AUGAAGUAUACUAAAAGAAAUUAUGCACUGUCUGUUGCUGGCAUCAUAAUCUAUAUACUUGAUUUAUUCAUAGAUAUCUAUGUUUCUGUCAAGUUUUUCUGUGAAGGAGAGUUUGUUUUUGGUAUUUUAACGGUAAGCUUUAUGCUUAUUGGAACACUCAUUGUCCAGUGUUUUAGUUAUUCUUGGUUUAAGUCUGAUUCAAAGAGAACAGGCCAAGAAGUUCAGCAUUAUUUCCUUCUACUUCAUUGGUUGCAAGGAGGAGUUUUUGUAAGAUAUUGGUUUGCAUUGAAAAAUGGUUAUCACGUGGUCAAACGUAGCGGCAAAACUAACACAUUUAUUGGAGAACAAAUUGAUCCACUUAAAGAAGUUAUAGACAGAGUGACUGAUUUGAGCAUGCUCAGGUUAUUUGAAACCUAUCUGGAAGGUUGUCCACAACUUGUUCUUCAGCUGUACAUCUUUCUGAACCAUGGUCCAAAAUGGGUUCAGGGUGCAGCCAUCAUAGUCUCUUGCUUUGCUAUUUCCUUGUCAACUGUUGACUAUCAAAUAGCUUUAAGAAAUUCCUUACCUCAUAAAAAUCUCCUUAGUGGAUGGAGUUCCAGAGUCAUAUAUCUCUUUUACAAGUUGUUUACAUUAUCAUCUUGGAUGCUGAGUAUCGUACUACUUUUAUUCUUAGAUGUUAAGAUCUCUUUAGUGUUGUUGUCAGUUCUUUGGUUUUUAGGAAUAUUGUGGGCAUUUAAAGUGCAAACUCAGUUUUGUUCUUCCACGCUUAUGGAAUACUUGUAUAGGACUAUUGUCGGGUUUAUUCUUAUCUUUACAUAUUUUAAUAUUAAGGGAGAGAAUACCAAAUGUUCAAUGUGUUGUUAUUAUAUUGUAAGGAUACUGAUCACUUUUGGGAUAUUGAUUGUGUUCUGGUUUUACCCACUUUCUAUUUUUAAUACAGACUUCUUUGUACCUAUUACUAUCACUAUAGUUCUUGCUUAUAUCCUUGGGAUUAUUUUUCUAGUUGUUUAUUAUAAGGCUUUUCAUCCAAAGAAAAGAGAAGAAACAGUGUUUGAUGAAGUUGAUGGAAAACCAGUUCAAGGAAACUGUAGAGUAGAAUUUUGCUUAAUGGUAUAA